CCUCCGCGGGAGGGCUUUUAGGAGCCGCAGGGCUGCGGGCAGCGCUGCCGCCUCCUCGCCCUGUCGGUGCGGGCGGGCCCAUGACACGGCCCCGCGGGCUCUGCCGGGCCUCGGCUGGGAGGGAGGGACGGACGGACGGACGGACGGACAGGAGCUUUGCUGAGGGAUAAUGGAGCUGCCUGUACCCAAAGCUGCGUCUUCACCCAGCUUUGAGCGCAUUCCUUGUGAAGCAGCAACUAGAAAUGAUCCUUUAGGAAAGGUGCUGUGCUUGUUAAAAACCAAGUGUUAACGGGCUGGAAGACAACAUGCCUAUUUACACAGUUCCUGGCAGAAGCCCUACUGGGACACGAUGCACUGCCACUUUGCAGAAGCCUUCCUCAAAUGAUACCUUUGCCAGCAGGAAAGCAUCUGGACAGCAACUGAAGUCACGGAUGUUGGGAGAAGAAAAGAAUAGUCUACUUCCAUGUUCUCAGAAUAAGGCUGAGGAAGUAAAUAGGACUUAUGUGAUUUCAGCUUGUGAAAAAGUGGGUGAUGCAUCAACUACUUUUACAUCUGAAGGCAGGUUAACACUUCAGAGGAGAACUGGAGUAAGCAAAAAACCAGUGUCCAGUAGUGAACCAUUGCAUACAAAUGCAACACAGGGCACGGAAGAGCUACAAACAGAGAAAAGACUUACUCUGCGGAGGCGUGUGAGGACUGGCUCCACUGGGAAGAGCAAUAUCAAUCAGAAUAUUGUGCCUAGAAAAGAAAACUUGCCAGCUGAUGCACAAAGAAAUUACAAGGUUACACCUCCACAGAAUAUUAAUGAUACUGAUGUUGUUAAACCAAACUUGAAGUUAGCUGAGGGUCAGUCCAGUACCAAAUUGCAGUGUAACUUGAAAAGCAAGGGUUCCUUGGGUUUUGUUGAUGGUGUCUGUAAAAAUGGUAUCUCCACGUGUUUAAAAGAUAAGACAGACACUGCUGAUACAAAAUUUCAAAAUGAAAUUCCUAAAUCAGAACAAUUAGUUACCUCAAAAUGUAUUAAUAGGCUAUCAGGAGAACUGAAUGAAAAAAGCAAUAUAAAUAAGGUAGCUGGAAAGCAAAGGGUACAGCACUUGAUGAUAAAACAUAACAGUUUGGAAAGACCAAGGACCCCAGCAAAAAGUUUAACAGAAGGAUUUAAGCUUACACCAAAGAACAGCACUUUUCAAGAUCAGCCGUCUCUCAAAUUGGCCUCAAAUGAACAAACACCUCAUCUUCAAAUUUUAGCCAAAAAGACCCGUAGUGUCUCCAACUCUCUUCCUGGGAGUAGAAGUUCAGAAGCAGAAGUGAACACAGAAGCUUUAGAUGAGAGCAGUAGAACUGAGGGAGAUGUUUUCAAAGUGAAAAACAGCAAAGUUAUUGUGGCUGUGCGGGUCCGGCCCUUCAGUAACAGAGAGAAAACUGAAAACUCACUCCCUGUAAUCUGCAUGAGUGGUUCAGAGACAACUGUACAAAAUCCAUCCACAAACCAAGUUUACAGCUUCAGUUAUGACUUCUCCUUCUGGUCUUUUGACAAGUGUUGUCCUAAUUUUGCAAGCCAAGCAGUUAUUUAUCAAGCUUUAGCGGUGCCACUCCUUGAAAGAGCUUUUGAGGGAUACAACGCUUGUCUUUUUGCUUAUGGGCAGACUGGUUCUGGAAAAUCAUACACGAUGAUGGGAUUUGAUGAAGACCGAGGAAUAAUUCCAAGACUUUGUGAAGAUCUUUUCAAUCAAAUAGCACAAAUGGACAAGGAACAGAUCCUGUAUCAUCUUGAAAUGAGCUUCUUUGAAAUAUACAACGAGAAAAUCCAUGAUUUGCUUGUCUUUAAAGCUGAAAAUGGGCAGAAAAAACAACUUCGUGUAAGAGAACAUCCAGUGUUAGGACCAUAUGUGGAAGGCCUGACAGUGAAUGUUGUUCGUUCUUACUCUGAUAUUCAGAGUUGGCUUGAACUAGGAAAUAAGCAGAGAGCAACGGCUGCUACAGUAAUGAAUGACAAGAGCUCUAGAUCUCAUUCUGUCUUCACCCUUGUCAUGACGCAAACCAAGGUAGAAUUUGUGAAUGAAGAACAGUGUGAUCGUAGGCUUACCAGUCACAUCAAUCUAAUUGAUCUCGCUGGCAGUGAGUGCUGUGCGAAAGCUCAGACCACUGGAGAGAGGCUGAAGGAAGGUGUGAGUAUCAAUAAGUCGCUGUUAACCCUUGGAAGGGUUAUUUCUGCACUCUCUAAACAAUUUCAAAAUGGAAAGAAAACUUUCAUUCCUUACCGGGAAUCUGUCCUUACUUGGUUGUUGAAGGAAAGUCUUGGUGGGAAUUCCCAAACGACGAUGAUUGCUACAGUGAGUCCAGCUGCCAGCAGUAUGGAGGAAACGCUCAGCACCCUCCGCUAUGCAAAGCAGGCUUGUUCAAUUAUCAACAUUGCUAAAGUAAAUGAAGAUGUAAAUGUGAAGCUAAUCAGAGAAUUGAAAGCUGAAAUUGAAAGGAUGAAGGCAGCUCAGAAAAGUGCUCUAAACACUGAUCGUGAAAAAUACAGGCGUUAUUUGCAGGAAAUAACAUCUUUGAGGGUAGAACUGCACCAGCAGGAGAGGAACAUGGCAGAAAUGCAAAGGGCCUGGAAAGAAAAAUUUGAACAAGCAGAAAAAAGGAAACUGGAAGAUAUAGAGGAACUGCAGAAAGCUGGAAUUGCAUUCAAAAUGGACAAUCAUUUACCAAACCUUGUCAAUCUCAAUGAAGAUCCUCAACUUUCUGAGGUGCUGUUGUAUAUGAUCAAAGAAGGAGAAACUACAGUUGGAAGGUGUACACCAAAUUCAAGACACGAUAUCCAGCUUUCUGGAGUGCUGAUUGCUGAUGACCAUUGUGUUAUAAAAAAUGCUGUUGGCCAAGUAAGUAUUAUUCCAUUGAGAGAAGCAAAGACAUAUGUAAAUGGGAAAUGCAUUUUGAACCCAACAGUUCUGCAUCAUGGUGAUCGAGUGAUCCUUGGAGGAGACCAUUAUUUCAGGUUUAAUCAUCCAGCAGAGGUUCAGAAAGUUAAAACACCUUCUUGUGGGACUACGUGUUUGCAUGAUGGUCCAAAAGAUUUUGAAUUUGCAAAGAAUGAGCUGCUUAUUGCACAGAGAACACAUCUUGAAUCAGAAAUUGAAGAGGCACGGCUCAAAGCCAAGGAAGAAAUGAUGCAAAGUGUCCAAAUUGCAAAAGAGAUGGUUCAACAAGAGCUGACCUCACAAAAAGAAGCUUAUGAAAGCAAAAUAAAAUCACUGGAAGCAGAGGUGAGAGAAGAAUCUCGUAAGAAGCAAAUUCAAGAAAUGAAUAAUCAAAAAGCUGCAACUAAAAUACAGGAGCUAGAGAAGGCAAAGCAAAACCUUGAGCUAGAACUACAAUUCAAUAAGAAACGUUUAGAAAUGGAGACCUUGGCUACCAAGCAGGCUCUAGAAGACCAUACUAUUCGUCAUGCAAAGAUACUGGAGGCUCUGGAAGCUGAGAAGCAGAAGAUUGGAUGUUCUUCAGAUAUAUCCUCAAUGGUAACAGAAGCAUGGAGCAAAGUAAACCAAACAGUAAAACAGACAAUGAAAUACAUUGGACACUUGGCAGUAGUCACAACAGCUGAUAUUUCAUUUCCUGAAGAGAACAAUAUUCCUGCAUCUAGUCUACAGGAAUUUGUACUUGCCAUUUAUGAUGGAGUAGGCUUGGGUCUGGAAUUUCUCAUUGAUGCUGUACAGGAGAAAGCAAGAAUGGUACAGAAAAAACUUCUGAAACAAUGUCCACAAAAUGAGAUUCAAAAUCGAAUAAAGGAUAACGCUGUGGCAUUAGCCAGAUUCCUUGAAAAUAACAUCUCUUACUGCAGAAAGAAAGAAAUAGAAUCUCAGUUACCAGGAGAAGAAUCUCUGUAUCGAGAAAUAAAGAAAAGCACUAAGAUUGCUGUGAAAUAUUUGGAAUUGGAGCAGUGCCUAACUGAAGUCUGUCGAAUUGUUUCUUCUAUGUUACAAGGGUUGUACAGAAACACAAGCCCCCUCAGGAGCUUUGCAGAAAAUAUUUCUGUCAUAGGUGGAUAUUUUAGCAACUAUUUCAGUUUAUUUGCCUUGUCUUCUGCAAACAACCCUAUCCAGAAGAUACCCCGACCUUUUAUGAACCUGGAUGAACUGGACUCUCUGGUUGAUUCCCUUAUUAUGAAUUUUGAACUUGAACAAGGACAACCAUCACUGCAAUCUCAAACUGUUUGUAGUGAAACUACUGAGACUCAAGGAGGACAGGUUGAAACAGGUGAAGUUGAAUUUGCUUGGAAAUGGAAUGGGACUCGAGAACACACAGAAACUCCAGAGCUUUCACCUGGUAGGAUAGAGUGGGUAUAAAAUGUUAUCGACAAAUGAAAGGAAACUCUUUCCUAUUGCAUGAAGGCAAAGUAACAUAUGCCACAAUAAUAUUACUAAUAUUAGUGAGUGAGUGAUGUGAAAGUGACAUGUUUGUGUGAGGAUAAGUACCCUACAUUUCACCAAAAAAAAUUCCUUAAGUGGCUGCCAGACUUGAAAAUACAAUUAGUUUUGUUUUAAUAAAUGUCUAUUAUUACCUAAGUUUAUAAGAAAUAAUUUAAUGCAGUAAGUAAAAAAUCAGUUGGAGAUGUUAUGAACAGGUAGACUAAAACUCCUGGGGAACAACUGGAAAACACAGUAAAGGCUUGGCAGGACAUUCACGUCUCUUCAUCACAAACCAUGAUUUAGGACUGUGUGGGAGAUUCCUUUGAAGGGCAUUCAUAACACAUGUUAUGUUGCGUACAGUUAGGUAAGAAGACUGCCUUCCUAACUUGGACACUUGAAAGGUAAAUGAUGUGGGAACCAAUUUUCUUUUUUUUUUUUUUUUUUUGAGUUGUUGCUUCACUUUUGCUGCAUUAUGAUCUAGUAGUGUUACUGCAAACUUAAAGUGGGUUUUUUAUACCUUUUUUAAACAGAGCAAAACCUUUGUAUUUGUUUCUGUAGAGAAAAACUGAGAGAUAGUAAGAGUACUUUACCAACCCUAUUUGAUAAAGGCUUUUUUAAGUGGUUUUGUAGAUCAUUGAAAAAUCUGGGCUUAAAGUGUAUCAGUGAUGCUGCUCUUCAACGUGAUGUGAAGUAAGUUCACGUUGGGUUUGUUGCUAGUGAGAUAUCUUUUGAUUGCUCAAAUGAUUUUCAGUGCUAUUCAUAUUAGAAUAGAAACAUAUCUCUAAAUAUGUGUUAACCCAUGAGGUUGUAGAGAAUUUUCCCAGUCAACUACUUCCUUAUGCUUUUUAUUGUAGUCAUUGUUUAACGCUUUAAUUUUAGUCUGUUGGCUGAAGCCAGUGCAAGUUGACAGGAAGGAUGGAAGUUAAUUUGAAUUUUUAUUCUUUAAGACUGGGUUUUAGGAGGCCUGGAGUGAGCACAAUUUACUGACAGCAGAGCAGUGAAGUUUGUAAGCUAAAGCCAAAGAUUUUUCCUGUACAUCGAAGUUUCUGUCAUGGUUUGACCCCAGCUGGAAACUAAGCACAGCACAGCUGCUCCCUCACUGCCCCACCAGUGGGGGAGAAUCAGAAGGGUAAAAGUGAGAA